CAUGAAAGGAGCUUGGGGUUGGGCGUCAAGUGUAAACCGGUGGCUGGGCAGGCAAAAUUUUCUCCUGGACCCAGAAUAUAAUAGGUUUGAAUCACAUGGGUUUUUGUUCCGGAGACCGAUUUCUGAUAAACCCAUGAAAGUUUUCUCUGGAAAUCAUGCCUGUUUCUCGGUUUCUUUUCCUUUCCUCCAAACACCCAUCAAGGCAGUGCCUCAAUCUGCUUCAGAGGUUUGGUCCAUCUAAAAGGGUUCAAUCUCGUAGUUACACGGAUUCAACAGGACAUAGACGUGCAAAGCCCGUGGCUGAUCCUGUACCUGUAAAGCCCGUAGAAACAGAGUUUCCUCGCAUGUGGGAUUCUCGUAUGCUUGUCAUUCCUGUUGCUGCAUUUGCUGGAUUGGCAGCUUUGGUGUAUUCUAAUGAUCAGAGGAGAGCAAUUCCAAAAGGCGAAGGCAACAAAAGUGAUUUUGCCAAAGUGCAGGGCCCAAUUAUUGGGGGUCCAUUCACUCUGGUUGAUGCAAAUAAUCAGGUUGUUACUGAGCAAGAGUUUAUAGGAAAAUGGGUUUUGUUGUAUUUUGGCUAUACACACUCCCCAGAUGUUGGACCUGAGCAAGUCCAAGUAAUGGCCAAGGCUAUAGAUACAUUAGAGUCUAAGGAGAAUAUUAAGGUCUUGCCUGUAUUUGUCACAAUUGAUCCGCAACGUGAUACUCCCUCACAUCUUCGUGCCUACCUUAAAGAAUUUGAUUCAAGGAUUGUCGGAUUGACAGGACCUGUUAGUGCUGUAAGGCAGAUGGCACAAGAGUACCGUGUUUAUUUCCGAAAGGUUGAAGAGGAAGGAGAUGAUUACCUUGUCGAGUCUUCACAUAACAUGUACUUGAUCAAUCCAAACAUGGAGGUUGCAAGAUGCUUUGGCGUCGAGUACAAUGCAGAGGAGCUAGCAGAAGAAAUUCUAAAGGAAAUUAAGAAGAGCCUGAGCACAUAAUGCUGUAAAAUUGUGGUAUUCUUAGGCUGAGGGUAUAUGGGAAAGCUUAUAUUUUGCAGAGUGUUCUAACAUUUCUCUUCUACUGAUAUUUGAUCGUGUGCCUCUUUUUUGGGA